CCCCACUCCUCGCCGGGCAACAAACCAGCGCCCACAGCAGCCUCUGCCCCCCGGCCAGCUGGCCGCCCCAUGCAGCAGAGGUGCACCCCGGCUGAAGCGGGCAGGAGGAGGUAGAGCAGCUCUUGCAAUUCCCAGGUUUUGAUUAUUAACCCCCCCGCCCCAAAAAAGGAAGAAGAAGAAAAAAAAGAAAAGACGGGAAGAUGGCGAACGAUUCUCCUGCAAAAAGUCUGGUGGACAUCGACCUUUCCUCCCUGCGGGACCCAGCUGGGAUUUUUGAGCUGGUGGAAGUAGUUGGUAAUGGUACAUAUGGGCAAGUCUAUAAGGGUCGGCAUGUCAAAACAGGUCAACUGGCAGCCAUCAAAGUCAUGGACGUUACUGAGGAUGAAGAAGAAGAAAUCAAACUGGAGAUAAAUAUGCUAAAGAAAUAUUCGCAUCAUAGAAACAUUGCAACUUAUUACGGUGCUUUCAUUAAGAAAAGUCCCCCAGGACAUGAUGACCAAUUGUGGCUUGUUAUGGAAUUUUGUGGAGCAGGCUCUAUCACGGACCUUGUGAAGAACACAAAAGGGAACACUCUAAAAGAAGACUGGAUAGCGUAUAUCUCCAGAGAGAUUCUCAGGGGAUUGGCACAUCUUCAUGCCCACCAUGUGAUUCACCGGGACAUCAAAGGGCAGAAUGUAUUGUUAACAGAAAAUGCAGAGGUGAAGCUUGUGGAUUUUGGUGUUAGUGCUCAGCUGGACAGGACGGUUGGCAGGAGAAACACAUUUAUUGGAACCCCAUACUGGAUGGCUCCAGAAGUUAUUGCCUGUGAUGAAAAUCCAGAUGCUACUUAUGAUUACAGAAGUGACCUUUGGUCAUGUGGCAUUACGGCCAUUGAAAUGGCAGAAGGAGCUCCCCCCCUCUGUGACAUGCAUCCAAUGAGGGCGCUGUUUCUUAUACCCAGAAACCCUCCUCCACGGCUAAAAUCCAAGAAAUGGUCAAAAAAGUUCUUUAGUUUUAUAGAAGGUUGUUUAGUGAAGAACUAUAUGCAGAGACCCUCCACCGAGCAGCUUUUAAAACAUCCUUUUAUACGCGAUCAGCCAAAUGAACGGCAAGUCCGAAUCCAGCUUAAGGACCACAUAGACAGGACCAGGAAGAAGAGAGGAGAGAAAGAUGAGACAGAAUAUGAAUAUAGCGGAAGUGAGGAAGAGGAGGAGGAAGUGCCUGAACAAGAAGGAGAGCCAAGUUCGAUUGUCAAUGUGCCUGGAGAAUCUACCCUCCGACGUGAUUUCCUGAGACUGCAGCAGGAAAACAAGGAACGUUCGGAGGCCCUUCGGAGACAGCAGCUGCUACAGGAACAGCAGCUCCGAGAGCAGGAGGAGUACAAGAGGCAGCUGUUGGCAGAGAGACAGAAACGCAUAGAGCAGCAGAAAGAGCAAAGGAGGCGGCUAGAAGAGCAACAAAGAAGAGAACGGGAAGCUCGAAGGCAACAAGAGCGUGAGCAGAGGCGAAGAGAACAGGAGGAGAAAAGACGGCUAGAAGAAAUGGAGAGAAGGCGUAAGGAAGAGGAAGAGAGGAGGAGAGCAGAGGAAGAGAAGAGGAGAGUGGAGAGAGAGCAGGAGUAUAUCAGGCGACAGCUAGAAGAGGAGCAGCGGCACUUGGAAAUUCUUCAGCAGCAGCUGCUCCAGGAGCAGGCCAUGUUACUGGAAUACAGAUGGCGAGAGAUGGAGGAGCAUCGACAAGCAGAGAGACUCCAGCGCCAGUUGCAACAGGAGCAAGCGUAUCUCCUGUCACUGCAGCAUGAUCAUAGGCGGCAUCAGCAGCAACAGCAGCAGCAGCAAGAAAGGAAUAAACAAAGCUUUCAUAUCCCUGAGCCUAAAUCCCAUUAUGAACCUUCUGAAAGAGCACGUGAGGUGGAGGAUAGAUUUAGAAAAACUAAUCAGGGGUCCCCUGAAGCACAGUCCAAACAGACGGGCAAAGUGUUGGAGCCACCAGUGCCUUCAAGAUCAGAGUCCUUUUCCAAUGGAAACUCAGAGCCUGUUCAGCCUGCACUGCAAAGACCAGUGGAACCCCAGGUACAGUGGUCCCAUCUGGCAUCUCUCAAGAACAAUGUUUCCCCUGUCUCGCGAUCCCAUUCCUUCAGUGACCCUUCUCCCAAAUUUGCACAUCACCAUCUUCGUUCUCAGGACCCAUAUCCACCUUCACGCAGUGAAGUGCUAAAUCAGAGUUCUGACUCUAAGUCGGAGGUACCUGACCCCACUCAAAAGGCUUGGGCUAGAUCAGACAGUGACGAGGUGCCUCCAAGGGUACCUGUGAGAACAACGUCCAGGUCUCCCGUCCUAUCACGUCGAGAUUCUCCACUGCAGAGCAGUGGGCAGCAAAAUAAUCAAGCAGGGCAAAGAAACUCCACAAGCAAUAUAGAGCCUCGUCUGCUAUGGGAGAGGGUGGAGAAACUUGUGCCGAGACCAGGCAGCGGCAGUUCUUCGGGCUCAAGUAACUCCAGCUCACAGCCGGGGUCCCAUCCUGGAUCUCAGAGUGGCUCUGGUGAACGGUUCCGAAUGAGAUCAUCAUCCAAAUCUGAAGGUUCACCGUCUCAACGUCAUGAAAAUGCAGCCAAAAAACCUGAAGAGAAGAAGGAAGUCUUCAGACCCAACAAGCCUGCUGGAGAAGUGGAUUUAACUGCCUUGGCAAAGGAAUUGCGAGCUGUAGAGGAUGUGCGACCUCCACACAAGGUGACAGACUAUUCAUCGUCCAGUGAAGAGUCGGGGACGACAGAUGAGGAGGAUGACGAUAUGGAACAAGAAGGAGCAGAUGAAUCUACAUCUGGGCCGGAGGAUGCCAGAGCUGUAUCAACUCUGAACCUGAGCAAUGGUGAAACAGAGUCAGUGAAAACCAUGAUUGUCCACGAUGAUGUGGAGAGUGAACCUGCCAUGACGCCUUCCAAGGAGGGUACUUUAAUCGUCCGACAGAGUACAGUUGACACAAAGCGUGCCAGCCAUCAUGAGAGCAAUGGCUUUGCCGGUCGCAUUCACCUCUUGCCAGAUCUCUUACAGCAAAGCCAUUCCUCCUCCACUUCUUCCACCUCCUCCUCCCCAUCCUCCAGCCAGCCGACACCCAUCAUGUCCCCACAGACACCCCAGGACAAGCUAACUACUAAUGAGACUCAGUCCGCUAGUAACACACUCCAGAAACACAAAUCUUCCUCCUCCUUUACACCUUUUAUAGACCCCAGAUUACUACAGAUUUCUCCAUCUAGUGGGACAACUGUGACUUCUGUGGUGGGAUUUUCUAGUGAAGCCAUGAGGUCAGAGGCAAUAAGGCAAGAUCCCACCAGGAAGGGAUCAGUUGUCAAUGUGAAUCCUACCAAUACACGACCACAAAGUGACACUCCAGAGAUUCGCAAAUACAAGAAGAGAUUCAAUUCUGAGAUUUUGUGUGCUGCCUUAUGGGGAGUGAAUUUGUUAGUGGGAACUGAGAGUGGUCUGAUGCUGCUAGACAGAAGUGGUCAGGGGAAGGUUUAUCCUCUAAUAAACCGAAGACGGUUCCAGCAGAUGGAUGUACUCGAAGGCCUGAAUGUCUUGGUGACGAUAUCUGGUAAGAAGAACAAGCUGCGAGUUUACUACUUGUCCUGGUUAAGAAAUAAAAUCCUACAUAAUGAUCCUGAAGUAGAAAAGAAACAGGGUUGGACAACUGUGGGCGACUUGGAAGGCUGUGUGCACUAUAAAGUUGUAAAAUACGAAAGAAUCAAAUUCUUGGUAAUCGCUUUGAAGAGUUCUGUGGAAGUCUAUGCAUGGGCACCAAAGCCAUACCACAAAUUUAUGGCCUUUAAGUCAUUUGGAGAAUUGGUACAUAAGCCAUUGCUGGUGGACCUAACUGUAGAGGAAGGUCAGAGGCUGAAGGUGAUCUAUGGUUCCUGUGCUGGUUUCCAUGCUGUUGAUGUGGACUCAGGAUCAGUCUAUGAUAUUUACCUGCCAACGCAUAUCCAGAGCAGCAUCCAACCACACGCAAUCAUUAUUCUCCCAAACACCGAUGGAAUGGAGCUGCUGGUUUGCUAUGAGGAUGAAGGGGUUUAUGUUAAUACCUAUGGGAGGAUCACCAAAGAUGUGGUUCUGCAGUGGGGAGAGAUGCCCACAUCAGUUGCAUACAUUCGAUCCAAUCAGAUUAUGGGCUGGGGAGAAAAGGCUAUUGAGAUACGAUCAGUGGAAACUGGGCACUUGGACGGCGUGUUCAUGCACAAAAGGGCACAAAGACUCAAGUUCUUAUGUGAACGGAAUGACAAGGUUUUCUUUGCUUCUGUACGGUCUGGUGGAAGCAGUCAAGUUUAUUUCAUGACCCUAGGCAGGACUUCUCUUCUGAGCUGGUAG